AUGGGUACUCUUAUAGAUCGCUUCGAAGAACACGACGGGCCGGUCCGCGGCGUUGACUUCCACAAGACCCAGCCAUUAUUCGUGUCUGGUGGCGACGACUACAAGAUCAAGGUCUGGUCAUACCAGACUCGGCGAUGUCUCUUCACAUUGAACGGCCAUUUGGACUAUGUCCGGACCGUCUUCUUCCACCACGAGCUGCCAUGGAUAUUGAGUAGUUCCGACGACCAGACUAUUCGUAUAUGGAAUUGGCAGAACCUAUGUACUAUGACCGGUCACAACCAUUACACCAUGUGCGCGCAAUUCCACCCGAAGGAAGACCUCAUCGUUUCCGCCUCCCUCGAUCAGUCGGUUCGCGUUUGGGAUAUUUCUGGGCUCAGGAAGAAGCACUCGGCACCACAAGCUAUGUCAUUCGAGGAUCAGAUGGCACGCGCGAACCAGAAUCAGGCGGAUAUGUUCGGCAACACGGACGCGGUUGUCAAGUUCGUUCUUGAAGGUCACGACCGAGGUGUGAACUGGGUCGCAUUCCACCCAACGCUCCCGUUGAUCGUCUCCGCUGGUGAUGAUCGCCUCGUCAAGCUGUGGAGGAUGUCAGAAACCAAGGCAUGGGAGGUUGAUACCUGCCGAGGACACUUCCAGAACGCGUCUGCGUGUCUGUUCCACCCACACCAGGAUUUGAUUCUGUCCGUUGGAGAGGACAAGACGAUUCGCGUAUGGGAUCUCAACAGGCGUACAUCGGUUCAGUCCUUCAAGCGGGAAAACGACCGUUUCUGGGUCAUCGCAGCCCAUCCUGAGAUCAACUUGUUCGCUGCCGGUCACGACAACGGUGUCAUGGUAUUCAAGCUGGAACGCGAGCGGCCCGCGUCCGCCGUCUACCAGAACAACCUCUUCUACAUAACGAAGGAGAAGCACGUACGGUCUUACGACUUCCAGAAGAACAUCGAAUCCCCAUCGAUGCUGUCUCUCAAGAAGCUGGGAAGCGCCUGGGUACCUCCACGAACACUGUCCUACAACCCUGCCGAACGCUCGAUCUUGGUCACAUCUCCAGCCGACAGCGGAACGUAUGAGCUGAUCAGCCUUCCGCGCGACGCUUCAGGAGCGGUAGAACCGACCGACACCAAGCGCGGAUCUGGUAGCUCCGCUGUAUUCGUGGCUAGGAAUCGAUUUGCGGUCUUCAACCAGUCUAACCAGCAGAUCGACAUCAAGGAUCUCAGUAACUCCACUACUAAGACUAUUAAGCCCCCGCACGGAACCACAGACAUCUACUUUGGCGGCACUGGCAACUUGCUCUUGAUCACCCCUACUUCCGUUGUUCUCUACGACAUCCAGGCCAAGAAGAACCUUGCUGAGCUCUCUGUUAACGGCGUCAAGUACGUCGUUUGGUCAUCUGACGGACUCCACGUCGCAUUGCUGAGCAAACACAAUGUCACCAUUGCAAACAAGAACCUGGAGCAAGUCAGCACUCUGCACGAGACUAUCCGGAUCAAGAGUGCAAUCUUCGAUGACACGGGUGUCCUUCUGUAUUCCACGCUGAACCACAUCAAGUACAGUCUAAUGAACGGCGACAAUGGUAUAGUACGCACAUUGGAGCAAACAGUAUACCUUGUAAGAGUCAAGGGUCGCAACGUAUACUGCCUGGACCGUGCUGCGAAGCCCAAGAUUCUCCAAAUCGACCCCACUGAAUAUCGAUUCAAGCUCGCCCUUGUCAAGCGCAACUACGACGAGAUGCUUAACAUCAUCAAGACUUCAAGUCUUGUUGGACAGAGCAUCAUCUCCUACCUCCAGAAGAAGGGCUAUCCCGAGAUUGCUCUCCAAUUCGUGCAGGAUCCUCAGACACGGUUCGAGCUCGCUAUCGAAUGCGGCAACCUGGAGGUUGCUGUUGAGAUGGCUAAGCAGCUUGACCGACCAAAGCUCUGGCAACGGCUAAGCACCGAAGCUCUCGCACACGGCAACCACCAAACCGUAGAGAUGACCUACCAGAAGCUGCGCAACUUCGACAAGCUAUCCUUCCUGUACCUCACUACCGGAGACCAGGACAAGCUGAAGCGCAUGGCUAAGAUCGCGGAGCACCGCGGUGACAUGACGGCACGAUUCCAGAACGCGCUCUAUCUGGGAGACGUACAAAACCGGAUAGAGAUGUUCCAGGAGCUCGAUCUAUACCCCCUCGCGUAUGCCACUGCCAAGGCACAAGGUCUCGACGAACAGGCACAGUCAAUACUGGAAGCUGCCGGUGUCUCGGAGGAGCAGAUUAACCUUCCCUCAAUAGGUGCUCCUUCGGCGCCUGCUAAGCCUAUCGUGCCAACUCACAAAGCCAACUGGCCAACGCACGCAGCUUCUUCGACUGUAUUUGAGAAGGCCCUCCAAGGCGAAGUCGAAGGCGUUGGACCCGAAGAGCCAACAGCAAACGGCUUUGGCGAUGAGGAUCUUAUGGGCGACGCCGAGCCUACCCGUGCGGCUGCUGAACUUGGUGGCGAGGACGACGAUAUCGGUGGCUGGGACAUGGGUGAUGAUGGCGAUGUGGAGGCAGACGACGACUUCGUUGAAGUUGAGGGUGCUGAUGCUGGUGCAGGAAGCAGCGAGGCUGAUUUCUGGGCACGCAACUCGCCUUUGGCGGCGGACCACAUCGCUGCUGGAUCAUUCGACACUGCCAUGCAGUUACUGAACCGACAGGUUGGUGCUGUCAACUUCGCUCCUCUCGAAGAGCGCUUCCAAGAGAUCUACCAAGCCACGCGAACAUACUUGCCAGCGACACCAAAUAUGCCUUCGCUGGUCAACUACGUACGGAGAACAGUGGACGAGACCGAUUCUCGCAAGAUCCUGCCCAUCAUCCCACGCGAUCUGGAGUCGUCAUUAUCGGCAGACUUGACCGCUGGCAAGCAGUUCUUGCAAAAGAACAAAUUGGAGGAGGGUGUCGCAGUCCUCAAGAGCCUAUUGCAGCUCAUCAUGGUCAACGUCGUCUCAUCCCAAGCUGAGUUUUCUGAUGCUAAGAAGGCGAUCAACACGGCCACGCAAUACAUCCUUGCCAUGUCCAUCGAAUUGGAGCGCCGCAAACUGCUCAACGGCGCUACCGACAUCUCCGCCCUCUCCGACGCGGACAAGAAGCGCGCCCUCGAACUCUCUGCCUACUUCACCGUCCCCGACCUCGAGGGUCCCCACAACUCGAUCCCUCUCUCAGCAGCCAUGAUGUUUGCCCACAAGAACAAGCAGCUCAACACGGCGCUGAACUUUGCAAACGCUUUGCUCGACCGCACCGGCAACGCCAAGAUGAAGGAGCAAGCUAACCGCGUCAAGACGGUCGCCGAGAGAAACCCCAGCGACGUCAUCGAAAUCGACUUUGAUCAAUUCGCCGACUUUGACAUUUGCGCUGCUAGCUUCACACCUAUCUACAGCGGCAUGCCUUCGGUUACCAGCCCAUACAGCGGUGCCAAGUACCACGCCAGAUACAAGGGCACUGUGUGCAGGAUCGACGGCAUCACACAGAUCGGUGCGCCGGCCAGUGGUUUGAGGUUGGUGGGUUAG